AAACUAUCUGCAUUUGAAGCAAGGAGCUGUGACAGGCUCGGACUCGCUCCUGCUGAAGAAUUAAAAACCCCAGGAAAGGAAUUAAGAAAUCCAGGAAGGUGUCCAUGAUCCACAAUGGCUCUCAAUAUAGCAGGUCUGAUAAUGAUGGUUGUGUUCUACUUGCUGGUGUUGGGAACCGGCAUCUGGGCAUCUGUAAAAGCUAAGGUGAAGGUGAAAAACACAAACAGUAGUCGUGUAGAAGUUUCCUUUUUGGCUAACCGGAGUGUCAGCUUAGUACUGGGAGUAUUUACAAUGACAGGUGAGUUGAGGGGAACUAGACUGAAUAUUCCAAGCUCCAUAGUGGUUGCAGGACUUGUGGGAACAUCCCUCACCUAUCUGGACGGUGGCAUCUUGGUGUUCUGGAUCCUGGGCUCAGACCUGACCUACACCAUUGUAUUCCCGCAACUGAUCUGCGUCCUCUUCAUCAAGGUUUCCAACGGUUACGGGGCGAUUACAGGCUUCCUUGUCGCCGUGGUGACGAGACUGUUGUGUGGAGAGCCGUUGUUAAGCCUUCCUGUGAUCCUGCAUUUCCCAGGAUGCACUUUAGAGGACGGCGUUUAUAUUCAGCGCUCUCCUGUCAAGACCAUUUGCAUGUUGUGUGCUCUGGUCUCCAUUCUGAUGUCUUCAUAUGUGGCCUCACUCUUUUUUAACAGGGGGAUCCUUCCUAAGAGGAUGGAUGUGUUCAAAGUGAAAUCACAAGGAGCACUAACAUCAGCAGAUGGCGCCAGACAGGGUGACAGUGAUGAGAAUGAUGAAAAUGAUACAUUUGUAUAAGUUAUAUAAUAUAAUAGUACGUUUUUUUUUUUUUUACAUAGUAUGUCUUUAUAAGGACUGAUUUGUCAUUGUUGGUUAUUGCACAUUAUUAUUAUUAUUAUUAUGGAAGGAAAUCAUUUUUGGUUCGGGAUUAUUUGUUGGGCUAUUGUGACAGGCUCCUGCUGGUGGUGUUGCUUCCAUUUUUAGGUCAUAUAGAUUACAUUGUAAAUGGCUGUCCUGUGUAGUCUCAUUCCUGUUUGUCAAGGGGAUCCUUCGUGAGAGGCUGGAUAAGUUUAAGGUGAAAUCCCAGGAACCACCACAACACUUGCCUCUGCACCAAUGCUCGAUACAAGAUGCUACAUUUUGAAGGCCUAUGCUUUUUGUGCUUUCAUAUAACUGGUUUGGUGUGAUGGCAAAGGAUAUAUUGCAAUUAUUGCUUUACUUACUAUAAAAGAAUGAAUAAACAUGUCAUAAUUAAAGAGCUCCCCUUUCCAAACUACCUCAAAUCUGACAUUUAACAAGUGCCUCAACAUUACCAUCUAUUCUGUUAGGCUAAUCCUAACAACGGGAGACAAUGGUGAGCUGUGAAAUCGCCUCUGAAAGCAUGACAAACUUUUCAUACUGCAUUUCAGCCAACUUUGCUGCAUUAUCUUAUUUUUAAUUUGAUUAGUGGUGAGAAUUAUGGAUUGGACCGAUUAAAAAUGUGGUAACUGUUCUGCUUAUCAAGACACACAAAGCUAAAACCCAAUCAGUUAGAAAGUAAAUGUGUAAAAUGCUGGAUUACCUUAGCAUAAAGACUGAACCUCCUUUCUGACAUUCACCUAAUUCUUGUGUGAGCCUUAGUUGGCCUUCAGACUUCUUGCCUUUGGGGAUGUCAAAUGAUGCAA